CCUUGUCCUCCUCGUACCUCCUCUGUGAUCGCUGACCGGCAGCCUCGGGCCCGCGGUCUUGAGACCGAGCAUCAUGCCUUCGAUAAAGUUGCAAAGUUCUGAUGGAGAGAUAUUUGAAGUUGAUGUAGAAAUUGCCAAACAAUCUGUGACUAUCAAGACCAUGCUGGAAGAUUUGGGAAUGGAUGAUGAGGGAGAUGAUGAUCCUGUUCCUUUACCAAAUGUUAAUGCAGCAAUUCUAAAAAAGGUCAUUCAGUGGUGCACCCAUCACAAGGACGACCCUCCUCCUCCUGAGGAUGAUGAGAAAAAAGAAAAGCUGACAGAUGAUAUUCCUGUUUGGGACCAAGAAUUCCUGAAAGUUGACCAAGGAACACUUUUUGAGCUUAUUCUGGCUGCAAACUACUUAGACAUCAAAGGUUUGCUUGAUGUCACAUGCAAGACUGUGGCCAAUAUGAUUAUGGGGAAAACUCCUGGGGAGAUUCGUAAAACCUUCAAUAUCAAAAAUGACUUUACUGAAGAGGAAGAGGCCCAGGUACGCAAGGAGAACCAGUGGUGUGAAGAGAAGUGACGUGCUGUGCCUGACACAGUAACACUAGAAGGGUUGUUCCAAAUGCUAGUUGCACUGCUCUGUUUAUAAUUGUUAAUAUUAGAACAGUAGACAAACGCAGUCUCGUCCUCACUGCAUGUGUAGUUCCAGUAC